GGGAGUGUGGGGUUGAUGCGCGCACGCUCCGUCGUUGGGGGGUUGGGGGUGGGGUCCGCCCGUAACGGGACGCUGCGCAGGCUUGUCCCACCGGCCAGCGCCGCCCACUUCCGCUGCCCACCGUGCAUGCUCGUUCCGCUGGCCAGCACCGCCUACUUCCGGUGCCCGCCAUAUUUCCUUCCUACUGUGCAGUCAGGUGCUGCAGAGAGGGAGGCUUCCCGCCAGAGCCGGCCCGUUGCUCACCAGUGCCUCCCGCUCACACCGUCCCCGCUGGCUGCCUCCCCGCCGCCGCCAUGGCCUCCUCCCGCUGAUAUCGCCGUUGCCCGUCAAAGCCCUGCGCAGCCAACAGCUGCUGCCUCCCGCCAGCUCCGGGGCCCACCUCGCCAAGAACCCUGCGCCCUCUUUCCCACUCAGGCCGGUUCUCCCAGCGGUAGCUCACCCGCAGCCACCCGUCCCGGAGCCCACCUCUCUCCUGCCCCUGCCUGCCGAUGCCUCUCGCUGACACCUGCCCUAGACGCCUGCCACCACCGCUGCCCUCCAAUGCCUUCUCCCACUGACGCCGACGUCGCUGCCUUGGCCAACGCUCACGGCCCUGCACUGCCAGACGCCCUCAGACUCGUACCACUGCCAGCAGGGACCCCCUUACCAGGGACCCGGCUCCCUGGUUCCCAUGCAGGCCUCGCUGCCUUGCAGCAGCCUCAGGUCAUAGUAACCACUCCCAUGUUGGCUUUUUUAUCAGGGGGUUUGGGGGUGUUGCAUGGGCCCUGGGAGGAAAGUGGAAAGCUGUGGGUGGGCAUUGGAAGGCCAUGGGCAGCACACGCACCUACCCAGCUGAGGUGACUGGGUCUCAGCCGGGAACUCCCCAAGCCUGCCAGCUUCUCUGACUUAGAGUAAUGGUUUGGAUGUCUGAUUGGUGGGCACGCGGGCAUGGCUGCUGCAAGGGUGCAUCCACGGGGCCGGGGGGCCUCCCAAAUGGGUCAGCGCAGGAGUCCAGAGAGUGUGUCAAGGUCCUUGCGGCUGCGUGGUGGCUUGGCCCACUGGUGAGUGCAUCGCUGUAGUGUCAGCUGUCCUCCUUCAUGUGUCUGUGUGUGUGGUAGCUCUUGCACAUGUGGUGGUGUGUGUGUGUUAGAGCACUGUGCGGCCUGGUACAGUGUUUGUGUCUGGGUGCCUGUGCACUAGGAGAGCUUGAGGAAGGCAGCUGGCUUUCCAUAACUACCUAGCAGAGAGGUCAGGUGGGGAGACUGGGGCGGGCUGCUGGGGAGAUUGGCCUCAGCAGGGAGGCCCCUGGAGCAUGCAUAGUCAUAGGUGAGAGCAUCCUUCCCCACCCGCUUCCACCUGCCAGGUUGCCUGCAAAUCAGGGCUUCCCCUGUGACCCACUCUCCCUGCUUCCAAAAAGGCAUCUGCUAGUUGACUUUCCCUUCUUAGUGGGGAAGCUCAGUGGGUCAGGUUCACCCUCUUAGUGACAUUUUUGUUUUUCC